GCGCCUUCUACAUUCUGAAGUAGGACCGUGAAUAUCGUAAAAUCGACAUUUUAACCACCAUUCAAGUGAAUAUAACAACCGUUUUGUUGUUCAGGACAAACAUCAGAUAGAAAACAAAUCGUUUACCGUAACGGUGUCAGUAUGACCCGCACCUGAUCAACUUUAUUCACUCUCAAACAUUCUUGACAGCCUGUCCUCCAAAGGCUACAUGAUGAGUGCACAGAAGAAAAAUAAGCGAGGGCAAACCCCUGGUGCAGCGAGGGGUGGAAGACAAAGAGGAUAUGAAAAGAACAUUAUUGUCAGGGAGCCAAUAUCACGAACAAUGACCAGAGGGAAACAGGCUGAUGAGACGAAUGAAGGCGUUUUUGCCAACCCUAGGUUUACCCAUCUAACGACAUCAUUAAUUGGUUGUGUUGUACGGUUACAAGUGAAAAAUGGAGGCAUUUAUGAAGGCAUUCUGAAAACUUUUAGUCCAAAGAUGGAUGUUGUUCUGGAGAUGGCCCACAAGUGUGAAGACCUGGGAAAUAACAAUCAGAAUGCAGUGCCUAAUGUGCCGUCCCGGGAACGUCUUAUAGAGAAAAUACUUUUUAGUGUUGGAGACAUUUUAACUAUUUGUGCUAUGGAUGUAGAUAUGGAAUAUUCCGUGAAAGAUUCAUUUACAGACAGUGCCAUCAGUAAACACAAUGGGCAGACAGGAGAAAGUCCUCUACGUGAAUUACAGCCCUGGGUGGGAGAGGACGGUGAUGAACUAGGGGGUCUUGAAGGUGGAGACCCAGCAAAUGGCUGGGAUGCAAAUGAAAUGUUUAGAACUAAUGCUGAGCAGUUUAAUGUCAAGUCGACAUAUGAUGAGACACUAAAAAUGUAUACGACUCCACUUAGCAAGACAGAUUCUAUUGAGUAUAAAGCGCGAGAAGAAAAAGCAGCAAAAUUAGCACAAGAGAUUGAAAAAACUGAUCAGUACAAGAUUAGAAAUGCAUUAGAAAAUGGUGAUGAAGUGAAUGAGGAGGAUAAAUUUAGUUCUGUGAAACGGACACAAGAUAAUAACACUACCCAGUCAGGAAAAUAUAUACCUCCAAAUAAACGAAGUCAACAUCCACAUCCACCUAACAGGAAUAUACCAAGAGGAACUGUACAAAAUCACCAAUACCACAGCUUGCCAAACCGGGGAGGACCACCACAGCGGAUCACAUCUCCUCCCCAACCUGUACCGGUGCAUAAUCCUCCAUCAGUCAUAGAAGAGACGAAACAUAAUCAUAUAGAAAAAGAAGAAACUAGAUGGGGAGAUAACACAGAACAGUCUACAAAAGCUAGUCCAGUCCCGGAAUCAGUAGAAAAACAAGAUCGGCAACAACAACAGCAACCACCAACUGUACAUACGUCACCAGUGUCAAACAAAGUAGACAGGAGGAACUCUACUCCUAAAGCACGGGUGGCUAUAAUUGAAGAAUUGAAAGGUUUUAAGAAACAAUUUAAGUUAGAAGAACCAAAGGAUAGGGAAGAUGUGAAGGAAAAUCAGGAAGAAUUAACAGAUGUGACUCCAGAAAAAAGUGAAGAUACCACGUCACAUGAACCUGAAAAAGCGGAUGAUAAAAAGAAAGAAUCAAAUGAAGUACCGUCAGAUAUUGUGAAAAAGUCAGAACUCAAUCCAUUAGCUCAAGUUUUCCAACCUAAACAGAUUCGACAACAAAUCCCCACGCCACCACGGCCUCACACCCAAAGCCCCAUGGCUAUGCCAGCUGCCAUACAGACUGCCCAUACAGGAAUGUUCCAUCAGCAACAGCAGACUGCAUUCAUGUUGCCACCAGCAGUGGUCUCCAUGCCAACACAGGCACCGACAACAUCACCACAACUUCGGCCAGCAAAACGAGCUGUUGUAUCAAUCCAAGGUCACAGACCAGACAUUUCCGCAGCCCAGGCAACAGGACAACCACUUCUGGCUGCCCACUCAGUCCCACCUCACCCACAGAUUAUCCUACAGAUGCCUCCAAACGUGUUGUCUCAACAUGCUGGCUUCCCACUUAGUCAGAUGAUGCAAAUGCCGUCUACGACAUCAGCAGCACCUCCUCGUAUGGUGACACCCACGUCACUACCCAUGGUGCCUACCUCCCACCCGGGGGCCAUCGACCACAACAAUGUGUCACAUUCAGGGGGUGGAGGGGGGCACAUAUUUAGUAAGGCUCACUCAGGGCAGAGUGGAGGCCAUCUAUAUGGGCCAGUACCAGCACACAUUCAUCAGUUUUCACACACACAACAUCCACAGCCUGCACACAUGGGGCCACAGCAGAACCAGCCUGGUGGUCAAAUGAACCCUCAGUCCAACACCCAUCAUCCUGCACCCAGCCCUGUCCAACAACAAGGUCCCACAGGCCAGUCACAUAACCAAGGACAUCCGCCCUCUUCGGGCACCCCUCAACCUCACCCAAACUAUCCACAGAUGGGAAUCCAGCACCCUCCAUUGCAGGCUAGCCCACAUAAUCCCACCUCUCCCCAGACCAUGCACACAGUGCCCCAUGGGCCAUACCACUACACACCUACAGCUAAUGCACAUGCUCAGCAGAACAACCAGCCAUAUGGACUAAACCAGGGUCAUAGCUCUGGUAAUUCCUCUCACAACAUGCCUGGUCAGCCGACUCACAUGCCUGGUCAGGCCCAGAUUGUAAUGAUGCCAAACCCACAGGUACAACAAAACUCCCAGCAGCCACAGCAACAGCCACAUGGCCCCCAGUUCCAGCAGCAUGCAGUACCACAUCACAUGGCAGGACAAGCAGGACAUAUAAAUUACCAGACUGCAGCGAUGCCAGCCAUGCAGGCCAAUAAUCAUACAAACUUGCAUCAACAGAUACCGCCCUUUGUCCCUCAAGUACCGGUACACCUGGCGAGAAAGGCAUGGAUUUACAAAACCGUUCAUUCACAGGGAGGCCCCUCAGGUCCUGUACAGUCCUAUCCACAAAACCAUUAAAACAGGACCAUUUAAUAGUGUGUUAAUUUGUGUGUGUGCCGACAUUGACUCGGCUGUAAUGUGAUACAGGGUCUCUGGGGACGAACUGACCACAUUGUGAAGCCAGUAGCGUACACAGAUAGAUAUAAAGCCAUGUGCAAAAUGGCUGUACAGCUCCGAUCAUUGUGAAGGAGCAUAAAGAUAACAAUGAUUGCCGGGCCAAGGCUGACAGAGCCAGAUCAUGGUUAAACUGCCCAUCGUGGCACACAGCUGGCUAGCUGUGGGAAAUUCAAAGGAAAAGGAUGGAGUUAACGACAAACCUGUAGACAACAAAAACUGCCUAUUGCAGAAAGUGAAUUUUAACAGGAGUCAGAGACAACUUUUUGUAGGCAAUAAAAAAAAAAAAAAGACUUUAAAAAACUAAAAGAAAAAACUUACAAAAAAAACGACCAAAA